UUUUCCACUUCAAGCACAGCCCUUUUCUACAUCCAAACACCAACCAUGGGAACUCACCGUUUCCUCUCCCUUUCCCUCUGUUUCCUCCUCCUCUUCAAUGCCUGUCUAGCAACCGACCAGGACGCCAACUCCCACAGGCGCUUCAGCGAGGGCCAGCGCCGGUACCGCCACUGCCGCCUCGACAGGCUCGAUGCCCUCGAACCCUCCAACCGCAUCGAGGCCGAAGGCGGCGUCAUUGAGAUAUGGGACCCCAAUCACGAGAUGUUCGAGUGCGCUGGCGUGGCUAUCCAGAGAUAUAUUAUUGACCCUAAUGGCCUUCUUCUUCCGCAAUACACCAAUGCCCCACGUCUUAUCUACAUUGAAAGAGGGAGAGGGUUCAAGGGAGUUGUACUUCCGGGCUGCCCUGAAACAUACCAAGAAUCUCAGCAAUCGGCGCAGGAGUUCCGAGACCGCCAUCAGAAGAUCCGCCACGUACGCGCCGGUGACCUCUUCGCUGUGCCUGCUGGUUCUGCUCAUUGGUCCUAUAACGAUGGUAAUGAGAAGCUUAUUGCCAUUGUUCUUCUGGACGUCAGUAACAACGCCAACCAACUCGACUUCCAUCCAAGGACAUUCUACUUAGCCGGAAAUCCAGAGGAGGAGUUCGAGGAGUCGAGAUCGGACAGAGAGCGUGAACAGAGACGAGGACAGAGCACUCGGAAGGGAUCCAGCAACAAGAACAACAUCUUCUACGCCUACGACGACCGAGUCCUUGCAGAAAUUUUCAACAUAAACGUGGAGACAGCGAGGAAGCUCCGAGGGGAAGACGACUACAGGCGUAACAUCAUCAAGGUUGAGGGAGAGCUGGAGGUGAUCAAGCCACCAAGAUCACACGGAGGACGCAGAGGAGAUGAGCGAGAAUGGGAGGAGGAACAAGAAGAGGAGAGAGAAAGAGAGCGUGAGCACCACCAACGCCGCCGAUGGGCUGAUAAUGGAUUGGAAGAAACCAUUUGCUCUAUGAGACUCAAGGAGAACAUAGGCGACGCCUCCCGCGCUGAUAUCUACACCCCUGAAGCUGGUCGUCUCAGCUCCACCAACAGCCACCGCUUCCCCAUCCUCCGCUGGCUUCAGCUCAGCGCCGAGCGCGGCGUUCUUUACAGGAAUGCGAUGUACGUUCCACACUGGAACAUGAACGCACACAGCGUAAUAUUCGUGACAAGAGGGCGAGCGAGAGUACAAGUAGUAGACGACAGAGGCCAAACCGUAUACGACGGGGAGCUACAACAACGCCAGCUCCUAGUGGUCCCACAAAACUUCGGCAUAGUGAAAAAAGCAAGCGAGGAAGGGUUUGAGUGGGUUUCCUUCAAGACCAACGACCAGGCAAUGGUCACCCCACUGGCUGGCCGCACCUCCGCCUUGAGAGCAUUCCCCGUUCAAGUCCUUGCCAGCGCCUACAGAAUCUCCACAGAAGAGGCUCGAAGGCUCAAAUUCAACAGGGAAGAGACCACUCUGCUGCCCCCAAGCAUGUCAUCCUCGCGUAGGGCCAACCCAGUGGAAGCAAUGUAAAGGGCUUGGCUUGCUCGACCACUCGGUUUGGUAGGAACUAGGAAUGGGCCGGUUUUGGCUUUUGGGCUUUGGUUUUAUGGUGUAAUAAUUUAGGGUUUAAAGCUACCGAAUAAUGAUGAUGAUGAUGAUGAAGA